CAACAUAUGUACGCCUAUUUAUUUUUUGAUCGGGAUAAUUUGUUCUUUGGAGUAAAGAUGACACUUGUUGAUAACCAAUCUUUUGUCAAGUUAAAAAUUGUAAAAUAGUGGCUGUUUUGUGUAAUCAAAGAUAUUUUUACUUACUUAUUCUGAAUUAAGACUAUACAAAAACAUUUUGAAGAUGAAAUCUUUCUUCCACAAAGUUACCUCGGAUGCUGUUUCAUUUAAAGAAAAAAAUAAAAAGUAUAAAUCCAAACCUCAGCCAAAUUUUAGUGCACCGCAAAAUGAAGGCAUCCCCACCAAUGGAAGUAAUAUUAGGAUUGAAAACUGCCCUAAUUUUCAUUUUGGCAAUACCAUUACUUUGAUUACUACAAAUGUAAUCAAUAAAGAAGAACAAGUGCUAAGUCCAGAAAAAAAAGGUCAUGAUUCUGCUCAAGUCAUUCCAAAGAAAGUUAAAGAAAACUUUUCAAAUAUAUCACAGGCCACUAUUGAGCAUUUUGAAUUGAUUAGUUCAAAGAUUAAUGACUUCAAAUACUUAGAGAAGAAACUUGGGUUCAUUGAAGAUCAAUUGUAUUCUUCUACAGAUGGUAUCCAGAUGGAGCUCUUGGUAUGCCAAAUGCUAUAUAGCUGGAAAAAAGCAAAAACUAGGGAAGCAACUGUUGGUUUACUACUGAAAAUAUUGUGGGAGGCUAAAGAAUAUGACGCUGCAAUAUAUAUGUCUGAUAAUAUAUAGUUAAUAUGUUAGUGUGAAUUACAAGUGUACAAAAUUGUGUUAUUAGCAUG